CAAUGGAUAAAGCCAAUCACUCUGUUGUAUCUGAGUUUGUGUUCUUAGGACUCUCCAACAGAUGGGGAAUCCAGUUGCUUCUCUUCCUCUUUUCCUCCACGUUCUACAUAGCAAGUCUGAUGGGAAACCUCCUCAUUGUGUUCUCCGUGACUGCUGACUCCAACCUGCAUUCCCCCAUGUACUUCUUGCUGGCCAAUCUCUCAUUUCUCGACCUUGGAGUUUGCUCUAUUGCAGCACCCAAGAUGAUUUUUGACCUGUUUAGGAAGCACAAAGCCAUCUCAUUUGGAGGUUGUAUAACUCAGAUCUUCUUUAUUCAUGCUAUUGGGGGCACAGAAAUGGUGCUUCUCAUAGCCAUGGCCUUUGAUAGGUAUGUAGCCAUAUGUAAACCUCUUUACUACUUGACCAUCAUGAGACCACAAAUUUGCAUUUUAAUUUUGGCAGUAUCCUGGAUCCUUGGUCUUAUUCACUCAGUGGCCCAACUAGCUUUUGUUGUAGACUUGCCCUUCUGUGGACCUAAUAUAUUGGACAGCUUUUACUGUGAUCUUCCUCAGCUUAUUAAACUUGCUUGCACAGAGACCAAUAAAUUGGUGUUCAUGGUCACAGCUAACAGCGGACUCAUCUCUGUGGGCUCCUUCUUCAUACUCAUCAUUUCUUACAUCUUCAUUUUGGUGACUGUUAGGAAACACUCAUCAGGCAGCAUAUCUAAGGCCCUCUCUACUUUGUCAGCUCACGUAACUGUGGUGGUUUUGUUCUUCGGACCAUUAAUCUUCUUCUACACCUGGCCCUUCCCUUCAUCACACUUAGACAAAUUUCUUGCCAUUUUUGAUGCGGUUCUCACCCCUUUUCUGAAUCCAGUCAUCUACACAUUCAGAAACAAAGAGAUGAAAGCAGCAAUGAGGAAACUCUGCUCCCAGCUUGUGAAUUACAGGAAGGCCUCCUAA